AUGGCAGCUGCCGUAAUUAGUUUGACUUACACCGUCGAUGAUGGUAGUGACUUCAAAGGUACGUAUCUACGCAACGGCCAAGCCACCGUAUCAAAUAUUACCUGUUAUCUUCACGGACGUAACUCGCCCUGCGACAACGAGGUUACAACGAGCGCUCUUGCUCACGCAUACGGCGAAGACACGCUUGGGCCUGAUGACACGUCAGGUCUUCAGUGCGGCGGCUAUUCUGAUCUAGCAAGCGUCAUCAACUCGAAAUCGAAUUUUCGAUAUUAUUGUCGUCGCAACACCACCAUUCAAGAGUUCGCCUACCGCUUCAACGAAUACAAUGAACAUGACGAACAGCAAGCCUAUCCUCACUUCACAGAUCGAGUGAUCACAGCAUCUUCCGGUACCUGUAAUGAGUACAACCAGACCAAUUUUGACAACACGGGCCACAUUGGUACCGACAACAGUGAUGAUGAUUCGAACUUUAUCAGCUCCAUUCGAUACACUUACUCCAACGACAGCACGAACCGCAACGGGAGCAUUAAUAUCCCAACCUCCGCGUUGGGCAACGAAGGAACCACGUACAUCUUUCGAGGCCCUGAGGCACCGAAAGAUGCCAAGACCAAUGGCUAUGCGUGUGGAGACCGCUGCAUCUGGAUGUGGGCUUACAAAAAUCCUAGUAGCAGUAAUGAUGACCCAGGCCACAGGUUCUACGCAUGCCCUAUCACCGUCAGUUUGGUUUCCAAUGUGAAGAACCCACAACAUAACAUCACCAAUGACGUAGCGCGACAAGCCGCGGCAUCGAUUGCCCUGCAAGGACAAUUCCACGCAGGAGCAGGGACUCCUUUCGAUUGGACUCAGUGGCAAUGGUACGCGAGUGGGUAA